UGAGUGAGUCACGGAGUUUUGUUAUGUCAACUCCCACGCAUUUCACAUUACGCAUGCUCCGGCGUUGCCGUGGAAUGCUCGUUCUUGGAACCAAACCUUGAGUCCGUGCUCCUUUUAUUAAAUUCAGACCUAUGAAUUUGCUCUCUUUCUUAUGAAAAACGAGGAAUUCAUAAAUUUAGUCUACCAAUUAGUAAAAAAAAAAACAAUUGAAUCGCCUAACUGUAUCACCUUAAAAAGUCAUCACUUUUCGGACGUUGAACUUCCAACUUGUGUAUGUUAAUAUUGUAUGUAUACGUCUCUAUUUUUUAUACAGGCAAUCAUUGCGUUAACAAUACAUAAGUACGACAAAAGUGGAAUAUUGGAUUAAUUUAAAGAAUUCUUUAGCAUAAUGAACCUUUUUGGAAAUAAGAUUUGCUGUUUGGCAGUUCACAAUGAUUUUUAAGAUCUAGUUGGUUUAACUAAUGAAAUGGUUAACAAAAUGAGAUUAAUAUUAGUGAUAUUUAUAUAUUUUAUAGUGGAGUGUUGUGGCGUCGGUGUAGAUUACUACCUCGGUAAUGGGGAAGCAGUAUCAGAAGAAAACAUAGAAAAUACGACUGAACCAAAGCCGGUUGAAAAUGUUCUUGAAGAGAGAACAAUGAGGCGAACUACUAUGAACACAUCGUUGAUAGGUCAGAUUAUCAAAAAUACCACUGAAACAGACUAUGAAAAAUAUGAUGAUUUGUCUGAAAUUGAAGAAAGGAUGAAAGAAAAAAGUUCAGAAGAUAAAACUGCAAUGCAACAAGAUUCAUUAAAUAGAUAUGAUUCCGCUAAGACAGGACUUGGUUAUGACAUAAAUGCUUUAAUGAGACAGACUGAUAAUCAAGUUUCAAAAAUAAAAUCUAUAAAUGAUAUCUUAAAAGAAUAUAGGUAUCGUGAUGACGAUCCAGAAACGGCAAAAAAGAUGCUUCGGGUCCACAAUACAACAGUCAGUAAAAGUAAAUCUCAAAAUGCUGAUUUUAAGAAUAUUGUCAUAAUUAAUAAUGCCACACAAGAAGACAGCGACGCAGACAAGGUUUCUGUUGACUUUUACAAUUUGAUGCCAGCUUCAGGUGUAAAUAUGGAGGAUGAUGACCCAUUUACAAAGUUCAAUGCUGUCAGCAACACUUGGUAUGUCCCAGAGAAUGCAAAAUGCUGGGAUCUACCAAUUUUAUAUGGUGAAUUAGGAUCUCCAACGUUCACUUCAGAUGUUUUUAUGUUGUAUCCGGGCAGUUUAAAGAACGUAAAAGAAACGGAAGAAGAGCCAAGUAAACCGACGAGGCAACUGUAUAUACCAGUGUUACAAUCUAUGAACAAAUGGUGUGCGGCGGGUCCUUGUUACGGCGAUCACACUUUGUGUCUGUUUUCGGAUAAAGAGAAUUCAAAGUUAUGCCCAGAUGCUUAUGUCGUCUCUACCCCCAGCAUGAUAGAGCAAAUAGGGCUUGUGAAUACUGUAAACUCAAUGCGCAAUCGGAUCGCUAAUGGAGAGACAGACAAGUAUAAACAUUUACCUAAAGCAGCAGAUAUGAAUCAAUUAAUUUACGACUUUGACUUAGAGACAAUGGCUGAAGCGUGGCUGCGUCAGUGCUUGCCAGGUCCAGCGUCGUGUUCCGCUCUCGAGGGAGAUUAUGUAGCGCAACUCGAAUGUACCAAAUAUGCAAAACAUUGUUGCAUUGAUUCUUUUAAAAGCGAGAAGGCCUCAAAAUGCAUACCAGAUUAUGAAUGUUACGUGGAUCCCAUUAUUGGUUGUAUUCACUUGUGGUUUUGGAAAGCUGGAAGCGCAUUAACUGCUACUGAUGUGGAGUGUGGUCAUAUAACACCAAAAUCAUUUUUUACUGUCCAGUUGCUCUGGGCAGCAACUAACAAAAUAGGUUGUGCAUACGGAAAAAAACCUAACGGGGACAUACGAGUUGUGUGCAAUUUUUCUCCUGGCGCACCAUUUUACCUUGAAACUAACUAUUUCUGUGGUUUCAUCCUUUAUACGAGAGCCAUGGAACACCGUUCAAAUAUCACUAGUCCAGAAUUCCUUUCCGCGGUUGGUAUUGCCUUAAAACCAAUUAAUAGACUUGGCGUGGCCGGCAUACAGUUUACUAGUCACCACGUUAAUUAUUCCUUAAGGUAUUCAGACAUAGACGUUCUUGGCAAGAUUUUUCAAAGAAAUUGGAUCCGACAAAACAUAAAUGCAAGCAGUAAUGGCACUUUGGGUAUGGUCGCCCGUUUGGUCACCAAAUACACUUUCGGAGAUAGUAGUGGCAUGAAGUGUGAUGCGAACGAAAAGAUGUAUGAGAGUGGUGAGCCCGGGUCCCGGUGCUCAGAGCGCGGAAGGCGCUUUCAUGCGCUAUGCUAUGAUUUCCGAGACCCCACGCCAGGCUACAGGCUAGUGGCAGUCGUAGCACCGGUAGCCUUGUUUUCUCUAAUACUAUACGAUUUAUUUAGCGGUGUAGUUCGUCAAACUAAUUAUUAAUAAGUUACGAGACUUCGCUACUUUAUAUCGUUUUCCUAAAUAAAUUACAGAGAGUUUAAUUAAAUGUUGUCUUGUUCAGUGUCAAUGGCGACUGAGUCAGGGUAUAGAAACAUCUUAUUAUUUUAAUAAAUUCAUGUCUCGUAGUAAAUAUACAUACUCCGCAUAAAUGAAAAUAUA